AUGGGGAAGAUAUCGUACAUGAAGCUGAAAGGUAGCCAAAACCUAAGGCAACGUCUGCUUCUAUCAACUCUCUCUUCAACUCCGAUUCUAAUCGAGGACAUUCGUGCCGAUGCCACCUGGCCGGGACUCCUUCCGCACGAGGUUUCGUUCCUACGCCUUCUCGAGACCGUUUCGGAUGACUGUCACGUCGAAAUCAACGAGACUGGGACGAAGUUGAAGUACAAGCCCGGGAUAGUGAUGGGUGGGAAACAUCUGGAGCAUGAUUGUGGAUUGAGUAGAUCAAUUGGCUAUUUUCUGGAACCUUUGAUUGUGCUUGGUUUGUUUGGGAAGAAGUCCCUUUCCAUUAGGCUCAAAGGGAUCACAAAUGAUUCUAAAGACCCAUCUGUUGAUACAUUUAGAUCAACCACCUUACCUUUAUUAAAGCGUUUUGGAGUUCCUUCAGAAGGAUUGGAGUUGAAGAUUGAAAGCCGUGGGGUUGCUCCCAAAGGCGGUGGAGAAGUUAUCCUAUCAGUUCCCAUUGUUCACAAUAGUUUAAAGGCAGUCACGUGGACUGAUGAAGGGAUGGUUAAAAGAAUCAGGGGGAUCAGUUUCUCCACAAGAGUAUCAGUUCAGUUUGAAAAUACAAUGAUACAUGCUGCUCGAGGAAUCUUUAAUCGCUUGCUUCCGGAUGUUCACAUAUUUACUGAUCAUAAAGCUGGUGCACAAGCUGGAAAUUCACCUGGUUAUGGAAUUUCAUUGGUUGCUGAAACAACUUCUGGAUGUUUUCUAUCUGUUGAUACCACAAUUUCUUAUGCUCGAGGGAACGAUGAGAUGGAUAUUGAUGAAAAGAAAGAGCUUAUGCCUCCAGAGGACGUUGGUGAGCAAAUUGCAUCCCUUUUACUCGGUGAGAUUGAACAAGGCGGUGUCGUAGAUUCUACACAUCAGGGUUUGUUAUUUAUUCUUUGUGCAUUGUGCCCACAAGAUGUAUCGAAGGUUCGUGUAGGAAAGCUUGUACCCUACGGGAUUGAAACGUUGAGGAAUAUAAGAGAUUUUCUGGGUGUUAAAUUUGUAAUCAAGCCGGAGCCAGCAACAGGUACGGUAGAGCUCAAAUGCAUCGGAUGUGGAUUAAAAAAUUUAUCACGAAAACUAUCUUGAUGUUUCAAAAUAUUUCAUGUCGAAAUCUUGUUUCAUUAUUAAGUUCAGCCUUUCAGUAAGAUGAAAAUUGAGCGAUCGAUUUUAUUGAUCUCAUUAUAUCGUAUUCGUUCAAGCUUUUAGAUC